AUGAAGACGUCUUCGGAGACGGGCCGCCCACCUUCUGUCGACUCCCUGGGCAGCCUCUCCAUCCCCUCGCCAGGCGCCCUAGUGCCAGCGGCGCCCCCGACCCCCAGUGCCACCUCCACUAUGGCCCGGGACGUCGCCGAGGCCGCAGGAGCCAACACAGGACCCGCCUCCUCAUCGUCGUCGUCGUCAUCGUCGUCAUCCACCCCCGAGGGAUCCUCCAGCCUCCUGCAGAGUAAAGCCAGCCUCCAGUUCAGCCCAGAGCAGAUCGACUGCGUGUGUGAGACCCUCCUGCAGGCGGGAGACAUGGACCGCUUGGGCAGGUUUCUCUCCAUCCUGCCGCUGCACACGGAGGUCUCACGCAGCUCCGAGGUGAUCCUAAGGGCCAAGGCGUCCGUGGCAUUCCACCGGGGGACGUUCAAGGAGGUGUACACCAUCCUGGAGACCAACACCUUCACCGCCAAGUAUCACACGGAGAUGCAGAACAUGUGGUACCGCGCCCACUACAAGGAGGCCGAGAAGGUCAGACAACGGCCCCUCGGGGCGGUGGACAAGUACCGGAUCCGGAAGAAAUACCCGCUGCCCAAGACCAUCUGGGACGGGGAGGAGACCAUCUACUGCUUCAAGGAGAAGUCACGGCUGGCGCUCAAGGAGUGCUACAAGCAGAACCGUUACCCGACUCCCGACGAGAAGAGGAACCUGGCCAAGCAGACGGGUCUCACCCUCACCCAGGUCUCCAACUGGUUCAAGAACCGCCGGCAGAGAGACCGCAACCCCGCACCCAGACCGGAUCUGCUGCUGGGCCCCCAUGGCGACGGCUCCGUCAUGUCGCACCACUUCGACCCUACCGGCCACGACAUGAGAGCUAUGUACGUCGCCAAGAUGACCUACGACCCUACCAAGAUGGGCUAUGACCCCACUAAGAUGGGUUACGAUCCCGCCAAGAUGGGCUACGACCCCGGCCUCUCCAGCAUGGCUCCUCGACACAACAUCAUGAAGCCCGACAUGCUGGCCCAACACCUUAAGCCUGAAGCUGCCUCCCUCCUCCACCACUUUCCCAACAUGGCCGCUGCCGCCGCUGCCUCCUACCCCUACCAUGGGUACGACGCGACGCUGCAGGCGGUGACGACGGCCGCCCACCAGGACAUGUGA